UGUUAACAUUAUCAGAUUUUGGGCUGUGCAUUGCCACUCUCUCUCUCGUGCGCCUUGCUUGCUCAGUUGCUCUCAGAGCAGAGAGGAUAUGGUCGCUAACUCACUAUCAAUUCUCUUGCCCACUUCAAUUCGUUCCAUUUCCAAAACUGAUUCAUCAUCUUCUUCUUCAAUCCCCACCAAAUUUGGGCCCUUCUCAGAUUCUUCCAACCCAAGGUUUAGAUUCCCAAAGCGUUUUAGGUUAUUCCGGUGCCAAGUUCCUGGUUCUUCUUCUUCUUCUUCUUCUGCUUCCAAUCAAUUACGCGAAGAUGCCUCGCCCGACCUGUUUUUCCAGAAUAAUUCAAUUGCGGAUUUCAUGAGGUUCAAACGGGAUGGAACCAGUGCGGAGCUUCAGACUGCUAUCGUUAGUUACAAAAAGAAGUUUCCAUGGUCUAUUCUGCAGCCAUUUGUUCAGGUUGAUUUGGUAUCAACAAUUCAUAUUGCAGACAAAGACUAUUUUGAGGCCCUUCAGAAAGAACUCGAGUCCUAUGAUUGUAUACUUUAUGAGAUGGUCGCUAGUAGGGAGAGCUUAGAAAACAGAAGAAAUCCAGUUGCCACAAAAAAACUAAAAAGUUCACGAUCACGAGGACUUAAUAUUCUGGGUUGCAUUCAACGGCAGAUGGCUCGUGUUCUUACGCUUGACUUCCAAUUAGAUUGUCUUGAUUACCAGGCUUCAAAUUGGUACCAUGCCGAUCUAGACUAUGAAACCUUCAGAAUACUUCAGACUGAAAAAGGUGAAAACUUCUUUACAUUUGCAAGAGAUAUGACUAUACGAUCCACCAAAGCUAUGGUUCAGCCAACUGCAGUACCAGAAGAUCUUGAACCUUGGAAGUCGAAGCUCCUCUGGGCGUCUCGUGUGCUUCCUAUGCCACUUGUUGGUCUUCUUAUCAUAGGAAGUGUUUGUGCAGAUGGGGGAAGUCAAGCAUCAGAAUUCCCAGAAUUUGAAGCAUUGUCAAGGCUUGAUUUAGGUGCCGCAAUGAAAGUUUUUCUGGCGAAGCGUCUAACAUCUGAGUUUACUCAAGUAACUGCUGAGGUGGAGGAGAGUUCUGUUAUAAUCGGCGAGAGAAAUAAAGCUGCUACAGAAGCGCUUAGAGAUGCCCUUGACAAGGGACACAACAGAAUCGCGAUACUAUACGGCGGUGGUCACAUGCCCGACUUGGGGAGGCGGUUGCGAGAGGAGUUCGAUCUCAUCCCAUGUCGUGUAAAGUGGAUAACAGCAUGGUCAAUUACAAAACGAAAACUAGCCAGCAGUUCUCUCCCAUUUCUCAAGGCUCUGGCUGAUGUCUCAGGUUGGCCAUUGAACCGUUAUCAAACCUUGGCACUGCUAAUAUUCUCCUCAGUCCUAGCCGUGGAUCUCUGGUUUUGGGAACUCUUUUUCGGCACCGCAGCAAAUUGGAUCUCUGAAUUCGCUUUAGAAGUCUAUCGGUAUAUUGAUAAUGUACAGCUGAUGUGAAAAAACAUUAAUGCAUUUCAGCCAAUUGUAAGUUGUCUCCUUGCCGUUGUAAAUAAUUCAACUGUCGGCUGUUGUUUCAUGGGUCACUCAGAAAGUAGUACAGUGAAAAAUGUUGAAAUUAUUUUAUAUUUAUGCCACGUUUAUUAAUUUGUAAUGAAAAUUGGUAUAAUUAUAAUAAGAUUUUAUUGAUUCGUGACGAGUCACAAUCACAAACGUAA